UUAAUUUUGCGUUCCGAGACUUAGGAGCAAAGUGCCCAAUAUAAAUCCUGUAUUCGGAGUUUCAGACCACAAAGCACAGCUCCGCCCUUCAGCUUCUUCAAUUGCCGCGACAGUGCGAGGAGCAGCGAUCAUCUCGAAUUCGCAGGAUUAAGUUGUUGAGAGAGCAAAAGAAAGGACAUGGAAGAACAAUUUAUACUAAGGGUGCCUCCAGCUGUUGCAGAAAGAAUAGAGCGGCUCUUGAACGACUCUGCCUCUUCUUCUGAAGACAAAUCCUUGGAUUUGUUGUUUUCCGAGGAUGGAAGGACUGGCACAUUCAUAAUUGGCAAUGAUCGUUUCUCCGCAUCUCUCUUGGAUCUUCCCACAGUUGUAGAAUCAUACAAGACUUAUGAUGACAAUGUGUUGAUCAAAACUGCAGACAUCGGUCAAAUGAUAAUGGUUAGAGAGGAGGGUGAUGGUGUCCCAGAAGCAGUGGAGUAUCGACACGGACUUACUCCACCAAUGAGGGAUGCUCGAAGGCGAAGAUUUCGGCGAGAGCCAGAUUUAAAUCCUGAGGUUGUGGGCCGUGUAGAGAAAGAUUUGCAGAACAUCAUGGCUGGUGGAACAGCUGAGAAUACUGGUGUUGAAAUGGCCGAGCCAGAGGAUUAUGGUGAUGAAAAUGCCCGUAGUGCAAGUAAGAAAGUGGUUGCUACACCUUCAGCAGAGCCAGAUGUGCCUGAAGCUGGGCCUGUUGGCGGGGAGCCGGAUGGGAGUGACUCCGAGGAGUCUGAUGAUUCCAUAUGAACCAAAAGUGUACAAAGUGGGCAUAUGCACUGAUCCAACAUGCACUAAGAAAGCUGUUCUUUACCUACUGAGUUGGUGAUGGGAUGAACUGCCUGCCUUCUCUCUUCCGUGGCCUUUGGAAAUGCUUGGUUUCUAUUUCCCGUGUCUCCUCAAGGUUCUGCUGGGUAUUUCAUGGUUUCUGCUGUUUAUAUAUGGGACUGUGUUCUAUUAAACAUGACGUGGGAAAGUGCCAAGAUGUUGGAAACUUAGUGAGCUGUCAGCAUUAUUACAUAUAGAAUUUCACAUCUAGAACCAUUUUUUUUUCCCAUCUUUUUCUAUUGAGGUUUCAGCGUGUCGUAUAAUUUGAAAUAUAACUAGGGUCUGUUCUUGUUAGAUGAGAGAGUCUCUAUAUUGUGGCUGGCAAAAUACGUGGGUGCUCAGAAACGCUCUAUUCUGUUGUGUGCAUCCUUGUUUUCUGUUAUCCUAGCUUGGGAUUUAUUUUUUUUACCACCUGUCUACUGUGAAAGCCUUGUACAAUAUCUACCCGACCACGUUGCACUGCUUUGAGUUAGUAAACUUUGUUUGAAUAUUCUGGUGUUUUGUCUUGUUUUAGGAAAACAAAGAAGACGUUAUUUUGUUUUUUGAGGAUGUGAUGUAAUGUGCAAUGUGGUGGAACUAGAUAUGGAAAGAAAGGCUUGCUGGAAGCCCAUUAGCACGGUUUUGAAACUCUUGGCUGAAUCUAUUGCAAAUGCAGUUAUUCAUCA